AUGUCCCUCCUGUUUCGCCGUACUGGCCACGCAUGGCAACCAGGGAUCAUGUUGAAGGUGACAGGUAGACUCGUGGUCGGAGCUUUCAGUUUGGGGCCUGCCACCGUCUACGCCGCAGCUGGUGACGGAAAUAAACCCCAGCCUGCAAAAUUAAGCUGGGAAGACCUGUCUCUGUACGUUGCGCCGCAACAAGAGAAAGCCGCGCUCGAAGAGCCCGUCGCCGGGGAACUGGAGCAGUGUGUCGCCACCCUGCGGAAGCUCGCGGAGCCGUACACUACUUGGUGUCGGACAACGUACGACCGCAUCGAACCCAAAGUCCAGCUGGCGGGCGACUCUUGGGCGUUCGUCAAAAACCCACCGGGGGAUUUCCACGCUAAAGCCGGUAUCAUUGGUUGUACUGGCUUGCUGGGGCUGCUUCUCGCCAGACGCUCGCGGGUGAAAAGGGUCAUCUACCCGGUGGUCCUUAUGGCCACCACUGCCUCUCUGUAUUACCCGGAACGUGCAGUAGUCAUCGCCAGGUCCACCGAGGACACCCUCUACGAGAAAGCCGUGAACGGCUACGCCGCCGUGGAGAACUUCAUGAAGCCGCAAAACAAAAAGGCCGAGCCGGGCCUCGACUCUGCAGGGAAACGUUGAGGGAUGGUCGCCAAAGCAAGAAGACAAAAGCAGCUGCAGCAACCGGGUGCACUUGUUCCCUCCUGCAUUUUGUACCGAAAUAACUCAGGCUGGACAGUGAGAAUGUAUAUGAAUGCAGAGAAUUAAUAAAUAACCACAAAUUUCAAACUCA